AUGGAUGCUGUCUCCUACGAUCAUCUACCACCAGUCGUACGGUCAUCUACCACCUAUCUACCACCAGUCGUACAAUCAUCUACCACCUAUCUACCACCAGUCGUACAAUCAUCUACCACCUAUCUACCAUCAAUCGUACAAUCAUCUACCACCUAUCUACCACCAGUCGUACAAUCAUCUACCACCUCUCUACCACCAGUCGUACAAUCAUCUACCACCUAUCUACCAUCAAUCGUACAAUCAUCUACCACCUAUCUACCACCAGUCGUACGAUCAUCUACCACCAGUCGUACAAUCAUCUACCACCAGUCGUACGGUCAUCUACCACCAGUCGUACGAUCAUCUACCACCAGUCGUACGGUCAUCUACCACCAGUCGUACAAUCAUCUACCACCAGUCGUAUGGUCAUCUACCACCAGUCGUAUGGUCAUCUACCACCAGUCGUAUGGUCAUCUACCACCUAUCUACCACCAGUCGUACAAUCAUCUACCACCUAUCUACCACCAGUCGUACAAUUAUCUACCACCUAUCUACCACCAGUCGUACGAUCAUCUACCACCAGUCGUACAAUCAUCUACCACCUAUCUACCACCAGUCGUACAAUCAUCUACUACCUAUCUACCACCAGUCGUACAAUCAUCUACCACCUAUCUACCACCAGUCGUACAAUUAUCUACCACCUAUCUACCACCAGUCGUACAAUCAUCUACCACCUAUCUACCACCAGUCGUACAAUCAUCUACCACCAGUCGUACAAUCAUCUACCACCUAUCUACCACCAGUCGUACAAUCAUCUACCACCAGUCGUACAAUCAUCUACUACCUAUCUACCACCAGUCGUACAAUCAUCUACCACCUAUCUACCACCAGUCGUAUGAUAAUCUACCACCUAUCUACCACCAGUCGUACAAUCAUCUACCACCUAUCUACCACCAGUCGUACAAUCAUCUACCACCUAUCUACCACCAGUCGUACAAUCAUCUACCACCUAUCUACCACCAGUCGUACAAUCAUCUACCACCUAUCUACCACCAGUCGUACAAUCAUCUACCACCAGUCGUACAAUCAUCUACCACCUAUCUACCACCAGUCGUACAAUCAUCUACCACCUAUCUACCACCAGUCGUACGAUCAUCUACCAACAGUCGUACGGUCAUCUAUCACCUAUCUACCACCAGUCGUACAAUCAUCUACCACCUAUCGUACGAUGAUCUUUCACCAAGUCGCAGUCUGCAAUUGCAGGUGGAGAUCGUCGCAAACAUUGCGACUGACUGUACCUCGGCAAAUUUGCUACCAAUCGCAUGA